CCUGGAAGACAUGCAGAAUUAUGUGUUGCAGUUAUACAAGAGAGACCCGAGGAUGCAGCACGGAGGGGGGACCAUCACUGCUUGGUUGUUUCAGUCGAAGACUCUUCAUUUGCCGGCUCCUGAAAGGGCGGACUACAGCCUGCAGAAAGAGACCCGCGGAGACCGCCUGUCGCAGCUGCAGGACCUCCGCGAGAAGGACCCGAAGUAUGAUGCGAAAAUGCUUUACACAAAUAUGUAUAAGGCGACUACAGGGGGACAGGAUGACGACGAAGUGUUUGCUAUGUAA